AGAACACAUUUGUGAGAACUGAGAAGACGAUCUCAAUUCUGCGACAAUGGAACCAGAAGUAAUCAGAGACAAAGAAGCAAUGAGAAGAUGGUCACGAGCCAUGAGAUCACAAGGCAAGACCAUUGGUUUAGUACCCACAAUGGGUUACCUCCACGAAGGUCACUUAUCUCUCGUUCGCCAAUCCCUAACCCUCGCCGACGUCACCGUCGUCUCAAUCUACGUCAACCCAGGCCAAUUCUCACCUACGGAAGAUCUCUCCACAUACCCAUCUGAUUUCUCCGGCGAUCUCGUUAAACUCGCUGCUAUUUCCGGUGGUAAAGUCGUCGUCUUUAACCCGGGUAACCUCUAUGACUACGGCGGCGGUGAGAGGAAGAAGGUAAACAACGGUGGUGGUGGUGGUGGUGGUGGGAGGGUUGUGAGUUGUGUUGAGGAAGGUGGUGGGUUAGGUCAUGAGACUUGGAUUAGGGUUGAGAGAUUAGAGAAAGGUUUGUGUGGGAAGAGUAGGCCUGUGUUCUUUAGAGGUGUUGCUACAAUUGUAACCAAGCUUUUUAAUAUCGUUGAGCCUGAUGUUGCUGUGUUUGGUAAGAAGGAUUAUCAACAAUGGCGGAUUAUACAGAGAAUGGUUCGAGAUCUUGAUUUUGGGAUAGAGAUUGUAGGAUCAGAUAUAGCUAGAGAAAAAGAUGGGCUUGCUAUGAGUUCUAGAAAUGUGCGUCUUUCAGAUGAAGAACGGCAAAGGGCUUUGUCUAUAAGUAGGUCACUGGCCAUGGCUAAAGCUUCUGUAGCAAAAGGGCAAACCAGUUGUGUAGAGCUUAAGGAUAUGAUUAUUCAACAACUUGUUGGAUCUAAUGGACGGGUCGAUUAUGUCGAGAUUGUUGACCAAGAAACUCUUGAAGGAGUUGAAGAGAUAAAGAGUGGAGUAGUGGUUUGUGUUGCUGCUUGGUUUGGAACGGUCAGGCUUAUAGACAACAUUGAGAUCGAUAUCUCUCUCUAGAUCUCACUGCCUGCAUUCAAAUUUUAUGACAAAAACUUGGAAGCUUCGAAGGUAAUGAGUUUUGAACUAACUGGAAUGAAUGGAAAAAAAAAAACUCCAUGUGGAAUGAUGAAAAAUCAACGUAAAGUAUCAGCUUCACCAUGUUUUUGUGCAAGAGACAGGUGGAAAGCAGGAAACUAUGUUUGCAAAUUCUGAAUGUCUCCUUUUUCCAUCGCAAACCCGAGUGUUUGAGUUUUGAUUGUACACAGAGCUUUGUUAUACCCUAAUAAUUGAGAGACCCGUCUGAAGGGGACCAUGAGCAUCAAAUAACUCAGGAAUGGUAUCACAUAAUUCAAUCACUUUGACAA